AUGGUAACAACAAUGGUGACAGUCAUUCUAUCAAGACAUAUGAUAAGUAUUCUGCUACAAACAAUGAUAAAUCUUAUGACAAUAACGACUACAGCAGUUAUUCUGAUAAGGGAUAUGAUAAAUACAACGGAAAAGUGUACGGUAUAUAUGAUACCUAUAUUACUCAAAAGGAUAGUGCUGAUAAAACCUUAG